CAAAACUUCAGCAUAUCUGUCGGUGGCGGUGGAGGGGCGACGAGCUGAUUCAUAACUUUCGGGAAGAAAUGGCCACAAGAUAAGACUCAAACAGGAGGCGGGAGGAUGUCUGUGGAGGUGGACUUGUUGCUGCAGGAGGCGAAGGAAAGCAUCGAGGCGGCCCAGAACUACCGCAGUGAGCUCCAGCAGCGCCUGAAUGGCCUCAACCAGGCCCGCAAACAGGUCCGGGGCAGCUCGGGUCAGGCGAGGGAGACGCUCCGGAGGCACUUCACGGAGCUGCAGGCGGCAGCAGGACGGCUUUUGACCGAGCGACUGAACGCCCUGCUGGCUGAGGUGGACACCAUCGAGGCGGACAGCGUCAAACCGCUGGACGACUGCCAGAGCCUCAUCGAGCACGGGGUGGGCCAGGCGGACGAGCUGCUCAGAGAGGGAGAAGCAGCUCUGCGUUGUGGUCUCGGGGAGAAGGAGGACAAACUGGGCAGUUUCACCAAAAAGGCGAUGCACAUCCAGCUGGACAGUCUUCCAGAGGUUCCAGCGUUGGUGGACGUGCCGUGUGUUUCCGCCCAGCUGGACGACUCUGUGCUCGGGCUGCUGAGGGAGCGCGUGUCCCGCCACGGCUCCGUCUCCUCUCACCCGCCCGCCCAGAUCGACGAGCUGCAGGAGAGACCGGGCAGCAUCUUGGUCCGCUGGUGUAAGGUGGAUGAGGACUUUGCAGCUGCAGAUUAUCGGCUGCAGUACCGGCGGUCGGGCAGCGGGGGGAGCCAGUACGAGGACGCCUACAUCGGUCGCGACUGCGAGUUCCUGGUUCUCCACCUGGACCCUCACACGGAUUACCUGUUCAGGGUCUGCGCCCGCGGGGAGGGUCGCACCGAGUGGAGCCCCUGGAGCAUCCCACAGACCGGCUACACCACGCUCACACCGCACGAGUGGUGUCCGGGCACCGAGGGCUACAUCCUGAGCAGCAGGAGAAACAUCGCUCUGAGGAAUGACUCCUCCCAGUCACGCUGCCCCGCCCUCUACUCAAACGCACCCACCUACUUCUGCGGGCAGACUCUGACCUUCAAGAUCACUGCAGCAGGUCCCACGGAUCGGAGGGACAGCCUGGGCGUGUGCGUGGACAGCAAGGGGGCGGAGUCACUUCAGAGGGACCAGGCUGUCUGCAUUUCCACCAAUGGCGCCGUCUUCGUCAACGGUAAAGAGAUGACCAAUCAGCUGCCGGCCGUCACCGUGGGCUCGGCUGUUACCUUCGACAUGGAGGUGGUCAACCUGUUCCCCAUCAGCAACAACAACACCCCGAGCGAGGGCGGGCACUUCAAGCUGAGGGUGACCAUCGGCUCGGGGAACAGGGAGGUGGUGUUUGAUUGGCUGGUGGAUCAGGCGGUGGACUGCCUCUACUUCGGCUGCUCCUUCGUCGGCUGCGGCUGGAAAGUGCUCGUGUUUUAACGGCCUCAGCGAGCGGCUCCUUUUAAAGCGCUGGAGCUUGAAGACACCUGCAGAGGCUCAGUUUUUCUUCUUCUACUGUUUCUGCUUUUUACACCUGGAAACAACCGGACACGUCUGUUUUUAUCCCGAGAUUUU